UGCGAUCGCUCCAAUCCAGGUAUUUCGCACAGGGAUAGCGCAUUAGAUCGGGAAAUGGAGUCGCCGGCUUCAUCCGUCUCGAUCUCCAGCAGCCGCCGGCCAUUCCGCGAGCUCCUCAGCCCCAGGAAUCUCAACACCAGCAUCGACAGCCCGCGAUUCCUCCCUCCUCGCAGUCCUCGCUUCCUGAAAUCCGGCACUCCAUCGCCGACGGCGUGCUCUACUCCUCCCAGCCAUCGAUCGCCGGGCGGAAGCUAUGUGUUCAUGCCCCGGGAGGGGAAUGAUCCCGGCCGGGAGGCGGUAUCGACAGCGAAAAACUACACGGUGUUGAUCCCUCCCACUCCGGAUCCGGGGUUUCUCGCGGCGCCCAAGACGGGGGACAUGGCCAGUGCGAUGUUCACGGGCGGAUUCCAGAGCGUUACCAGGGGCCACGUAAUGGACCAGAUGAAGGAGGCCAAGGUCGUGAUGACGCUCAGCUGCGCUAUCGCUGGGUGUGAUGGCAAGGCCAUGAAGGACGAGAUGGGCGAAGAUCUAAGCCCGUGCGAGUGCGCGUUCCGGAUUUGCAGAGACUGCUACUUUGAUGCUAUCAACAAUGGUGGGAAGUGCCCCGGUUGCAAGGAGAUGUACAAGGUGCUCGAUAUCGAGGGUCCCAAUGCCGAGACUUUGCCGCUCCCAGCUCCCAGGAGGCUGUCUCUUCUACGAUCCAACCAGCCCGGGUCGAUGAAGCAGGACUUCGAUCACACGAGAUGGCUUUACGAGACGAAAGGGACUUACGGGUAUGGAAAUGCGCUGUGGCCAAAGGAUGAUACGUACUUUGGCGAUGGAAUGCCAUCGAGUUUCAAGGACAAGGCGAGACGUCCCCUGACGCGCAAGACGAACGUCUCAGCAGCUAUCCUUAGUCCCUACAGGCUCUUGGUUUUCGUCAGGCUAGCCGCACUGGGACUCUUCAUCACGUGGAGGAUCCGUCAUCCAAACCCGGAGGCAAUGUGGCUGUGGGGACUGUCAAUCGUUUGCGAGUUGUGGUUCGCUUUCUCUUGGAUUCUCGACCAGCUGCCGAAGUUGUGUCCAGUAAAUCGCACCACCAACUUGGCGGUGCUCAAGGACGAGUUUGAGAGGCCGACAGCGAAAAAUCCGAAGGGCAGGUCUGAUCUUCCGGGGAUAGACAUUUUUGUGUCGACAGCUGAUCCGGAAAAGGAGCCAUCUCUGGUAACAGCAAACACCAUCCUCUCGAUUCUCGCAGCCGAGUAUCCCGUGGAGAAGCUGUGUUGCUACCUUUCCGACGAUGGUGGUUCACUGUUGACGUUCGAAGCAUUGGCUGAAGCAGCAAGUUUCUCAAGAAUCUGGGUGCCGUUCUGUCGGAAGCACAGCAUCGAACCUCGGAACCCGGAGGCUUAUUUCAUGCUCAAGGGAGAUCCGACUAAGAACAAAGUUCGCGCGGAUUUCGUGAAGGACAGAAGACGAGUGAAACGUGAAUACGACGAGUUCAAAGUUCGGAUAAAUGGCCUCGGGGAUGCAAUCCGGAGGAGGUCUGACGCUUACAAUGCGCACGAAGAGAUCAGAGCAAAGAGGAUUCAGGUGGAUAGCGGAUGUAACCCGGGAGAGCCGCUUAACGUUCCAAAGGCCACCUGGAUGGCCGAUGGUACGCACUGGCCGGGGACAUGGCUUAGCUCAGGCAGUGAGCACGGACGAGGAGAUCACGCUGGAAUAAUUCAAGUGAUGCUUGCGCCUCCAAGUACCGAGCAUCUCAUGGGCUCAGCUGACAAUGACAACAAUCUUAUCGAUACGUCCGACUGCGACAUUCGGCUACCAAUGCUGGUAUACGUAUCCAGAGAGAAACGAGCGGGGUAUGACCACAACAAGAAGGCCGGGGCGAUGAACGCGUUGGUACGAACAAGCGCGAUCAUGUCGAAUGGAGCUUUUAUCCUCAACCUCGACUGUGACCACUACGUCUACAACUCCCUCGCAUUCAGAGAAGGGAUGUGCUUCAUGAUGGAUAAUGGUGGUGAUCGCAUCGGCUUUGUCCAGUUCCCGCAGAGAUUCGAAGGCAUCGAUCACAAUGACCGGUAUGCCAACCACAACACUGUCUUCUUCGACGUGAACAUGAGAGCACUCGAUGGUAUCCAGGGGCCCGUGUAUGUUGGAACGGGCUGCUUAUUCCGGAGAGUUGCGCUCUACGGGUUCGAUCCUCCUCGGUGUAAAACACGAAGCUGCUGGAACAGGAGAAAAACGAGGCUGACGAAAAAGAAUACCGGUAUCAGUAUGGAGGAAAACGAAGACGAUUUGGAGGCCCAGACUUUGCUGCCAAAGCGUUACGGGACAUCGACCAGCUUUGUAGCUUCCAUCUCCAACGCUGAGUUCCAGGGCAGGCCUCUCUCGGGACAGGGGGUGAUGCUCGGAAGACCAGCUGCUUCAUUGAUUUCUCCAAGAGAACCACUGGAUGCUGCUACUGUUGCGGAGGCGAUCAACGUCAUCUCGUGCUGGUACGAGGACAAGACGGAGUGGGGACAGAACGUCGGCUGGACAUACGGUUCAGUCACCGAGGACGUGGUUACGGGAUACACCAUGCACAACAAAGGCUGGAAGUCCGUGUAUUGCGUGACGAAGCGUGACGCUUUCAGAGGCACAGCACCAAUCAACUUAACGGACAGAUUGCAUCAGGUGUUGCGGUGGGCGACAGGCUCGGUUGAGAUCUUCUACUCCCGAAACAAUGCUCUCUUCGCCAGCACCAGAAUGAAGUUCCUGCAGCGCAUUGCCUACCUCAACGUCGGCAUCUACCCGUUCACCUCGAUUUUCCUCACGGUCUACUGCUUCCUGCCGGCGCUGUCGCUUCUCACGGGGAAGUUUAUCGUCCAGACGCUCAACGUGACUUUCCUGGUUUACCUUUUGAUCAUCACGGUCACGAUCUGCUUGCUGGCGGUGCUGGAGAUCAGAUGGUCGGGGAUAACUCUGGACGAAUGGUGGCGGAACGAGCAGUUUUGGGUGAUUGGUGGAACCAGCGCUCAUCUGGUGGCUGUGUUCCAGGGACUCUUGAAGGUCAUCGCCGGGAUAGAUAUCUCCUUCACUCUGACGUCGAAGAAUUCUGGUGACGAGGACGACGAGUUUGCCGAGUUGUACAUGGUCAAGUGGAGCGCUCUGAUGAUACCACCCCUGACUAUCAUGAUGGUGAACUUGAUCGCGAUCGCGGUGGCUGUCUCGAGGACGGUCUACAGUCCUGUUCCUCAGUGGAGCAAGCUUCUCGGGGGAGUUUUCUUCAGUGUUUGGGUGCUGUUCCACCUCUACCCGUUCUCGAAGGGCCUCAUGGGGAGGAGGAGGCGCACCCCGACUAUUAUCUUCGUCUGGUCUGGACUUUUGGCCAUCGUCAUAUCUCUGCUGUGGGUCUCCCUCUCUUCUUCCUCUUUGACACCGGACAAAGGCAUGGGUAUCGGUGGUAGCUUCCAGUUUCCUUGAGCUCCACGUCGUUGCGGGAGAAUUCUUGUACUAUAGAAGGGACUUGCUUAAGUAAGUAGCUCUGAUCCUACUGGAGAGGGUUAUUUGUAACCAGAGAUAGCUGUAUACGCUGGGAUGAUGGCAUUCCAAAUACAGGUGUUUCCAUCCAGCAUUUCAUGAAUACGAUUAAACUUUGCAUUUUUCAGUC